UCAUAAUAUUUAUGAAAUGUGAUGUACUCCAAACAUAAUAUUUAUGAAACAUGAGGUACCCCAACCAUAAUAUAUAAAAUGGGAGGUAUCCCAGGUAUAAUAUACCAAAUUAUUAAAUUUCUAACGUCUCUAAUUGGCCAUUCCAUCCCGUCCUGCUCUUUAAAGAUUUAAGUAUAGUGCUAUCAAGCUUCAGCCUAUAGGAAAUUUGUUCUAUAUAUACUUCUCAACUGUGUCAUUUCUUCUUUCGCCUCCAAUUUAUUUCCCUCUUAUGAUUUUCUGAUGGUGUUUGUUCAUCAAGAAGUACCGAUCCUUCGGAAAUGUUUUGCUUCUAUCAACUUCUUCAGCCAGAUAGCUCUUGAAUGCCAUCUCCAUUUCAUCUCCUCCAUUGAAGAUACCCUACCAUACUCUAAAUUCUGCUCCGCUGUUACAUCCUUCUACGCUAAUGAUAGUACGUGAUUUCUACCUUCUAUCUCUCCAUCUAUCUAUUCCUUUGUCUAUUCCGCGACCAUAACUUUACAAUUUUCUGGAUUUCCUUUCCCCUACUUAUCUCAUGCCUUCAACUUUUUAUCUUGGUUGGUUCCUUUGUCUAAUAUGAGGGAAUGGCUUUGCAAAUAUCUGAAUUUCCUUUCUCCUACUUAUUUAAUUCCUUCAACUUUCUUUGGGGCUUUCUCAACUUCUCACUAAAUGCAUAACUUGCUCUCUUCUUGUCCCAUAGAACUACCAGAGCCUCUGCUAUAACCUUGGGCUGGCGAGUUUUUCCAUUAUUUUGUGAUUCUUUUUUUCUCUCUCUUUGGCCUUUGUCUCUGAUAAAUUCUUUACAAAAAAUAAGGAAGUAGCAAAUUUGAUUUUCGAAUACAUGCUUUUGAUGUUAAUGCAAUCUAGCAAUCUAUGAAUAUGGUGAUAUUACUUCUUCGCUGAAAUUCUUGUGUUAUCUAUAAAGGAAAAGUAAUUUGAAAUAUAGUAACCCACACGAGUGCAAUAGAAUGGUGCUCAUAAAAGUUGAAGAGUUUAUGGAAAUUGUGUGUUAAGAAGAGCUAAUCCCGAUAUCGGGAUUAGCGCCUUCCUCUGGACCCGAUAGGGGCAAUUCUGUCCUAUCGGUUCCCUAUAUGGUGUUAGGGUUUAUUUCUUUUGUAUUGGGGGCAGCCUUGUACUUGUUCACUUAUCAUUACACUUAUAUAUUCUAAGAAACCCUACGAUCAGCCUCAUUCUAGACUGAUUGCAGGCUGCUCUCUCAUUGAGGCUCUCUGCGGUUUCUCCUCUCUCUCUUCUCUUUCGCUUUCUCUUUCUCUUUUCUUUCUCUCUUUUUCUGGUUUUACUGAUUUGGUUGCAGGAAUCUGGGAUUGUAACAUGGUAUCAGAGCUUCUGUAAUCAAAUCAAGGAUUGACAUUAUCAUUCUCUGCUGAUCUCAACCCUGCGCUACUCCUCUUUGGUGUGCAGCCACCUAUUGCUACUCCUACCUUAAUUCUUUGACCUGAUUAUAAUGAUAUAAACACAAUCAGGCCUUCCUACCACUGCUACAUAGAUUCAGCCCUUGUUCUCUGGAAUUGCUGAAGCUGAUUUACAAUUCUGCAGGUUUUUACGGUUUAAUGUGCUGCUGUUUGACUACCUCUCUACGUACUCUACUAGACUUUUGAAGCCUCCUUUGCUCCUCCUACAAAGGUCGACAUUACCCUACCAGCAGCACCUAUCGGUUGGAUUUCUUGUCGGUUUCUUGGGGUCCGAUUGCUCUUUGGCUUCUGUUUCUCAGAUCUGGUUGGUGAGUUCUCCUUAUUUGGUUGUCUUUGCAAUACAUACUUAUCAUUAAUUCUUGCUCUCAUGGCUAAGACCAAGACUACUACUACUCCUACUACUAACUCCUCUGCAUCGGAAAAUGUGAAUGUCCAGAUUACUUAUAUUAAGCUUAAGGGAAGCUCGAAUUACCUUUUUUGGGCUAAGUCAGUCAAAGUUUAUCUGAUGGCGAAUGAUAAGCUUGAUUACACUACCUCUGAUCCUCCCAAAAAAUCUGACAUUGGUUAUGGAAUAGUAUAGAACCAGAUGUGGCUGCCAAUGUCAUAUUUCAUUCUACUACCUAGGGAGUAUGGAAUGACUUGAAGGAGACCUACUCUCAGGAGAAGAACAUGAUCCGUAUCUACGAUAUCUAUGAAAAACUAUUUCAGUCUCGCCAGUCGGACAAGCCACUUUCCGAAUAUUAUAGUACUUUCAGAGGUAUGGUUGAAGAACUCAAUGUCUUCCAACCCUUGAUCACUGACAUUGAUAAGUUGAAGGCUCAGCAUAACGAAACGAGUUCUUCGUCUCUAAAUUCCUGGUUGGUUUGAACAAUGACUUGAAGGCAGUGAAGGGUUACUUACUUGUAGGGGAUACUAUACCUACUCUGAAUGAUACCUACUCACGACUGCAGCAAAUUACUUCCUCCACUAAACCUGAUCAACCUACCAAAGAUAGUUCUACCUUCCAUGCCAACCGUGGACGUGGUCGCGGUCUUGUGGGAGGUCGUGGGUCAGCUAGUCGAGGAUCUGGUGGACAGCCCUCUGAUCGUUCAGCUCGCUAGUGCACUUUUUUGUGGAAAGCCCAACCAUACUGUUGAGACUUGUUGGGAAAAUCAUAGCAAACCAGAGUGGGCAACACAAUUACCUAAUCAUGCAGUGUCUGACGAUGGUACUGACAUAAUGGCUCCAGUUGAUCCUAAGCCAACACCUUCUUCAGGAGAUUCAGCUACCGGUCUGCGUGAUGACAUCAAUCAGUUGCUCCGGCGCUUGCAUACUUUUGAGGCAUCCUCUAAUACAUCUAAUGGUGCGUCUACAUCCGCUGCUACUCUAGCCCACACAGGAUAUUCACAGGAUCUUCACACGAGGAAGAUGAUUGGUGGUGGGCAUGAAAAGGAUGGGUUAUACUACGUCUAUAGCGGCUGCCCUCCUACUGCUGCUGCUAUAGCUGUUGGGGAUGUGACUCCUUUCCAAUGGCACUGUCGUUUAGGUCAUUUGUCACUUUCUAGGUUACAACUUUUUUUUUCUAGUUUUAAGUCUGUCCCUAGGUUUGAGUGUGAGGCAUGUGAGUUGGGUAAACAUCAUCGUGUGUCUUUCCCAUCUCGCUUUGUGUCUCGUAGUCCGUCUUUAUUUUCUUUAGUCCAUUCUGAUGUAUGGGAUCUUGCAGAGUCAGUAACAGGUUUGGUUUCCGCUAUUUUGUCACAUUUGUGGAUGAUCAUUCUCGCCUUACAUGGAUGUACAUGUUAUAGGAAAGAUUUGGAUUUUUACGUGUGUUUCACAAAUUUUAUAAUGAAAUAAAGACUCAGUUUGGCAUUCCUAUUAAAAUUUUUCGUUCUGAUAAUGCUUUAUUAUAUGCUCAAACUGAUAUAUCUGAGUUUUGUGAUACCCAUGGAAUGAUACACCAAACUAGUUGUGCAUAUACCCCACAACAAAAUAGGGUAGCUGAGCGCAAGAACCGGCAUCUCCUUGAGGUUGCCCGUGCCAUUAUGCUUCACAUGCAUGUUCCUAAACAUUUUUGGUGUGAUGGUGUUUUAAUAGCAUGCCAUCCUCUAUCCUGGUAGAUAAGUCUCCAUUUUCUGUUCUGUUACCUAAUUUACCACGUUUUACUAUUCCACCCCGUAUCUUUGGGUGUGUAAUUUUCUGAUUCAUAAUCUGCAUAUGCAAGUUGAUAAGUUAUCCCUGAGGUCUACUAAGUGCAUCUUUCUGGGUUACUCUCAUACCUAAAAAGGAUAUAAGUGUUAUGACCCCAUUACUCAUCGAAAUUUUGUCAAUGCUGAUGUGACCUUUUUUGAAGGUACAUCAUUUUAUUCUCCUCAGUUGUCCCAGUUUAGUCCAGAGUGGUCUUAUCCACCUCCUCGACCCAUACCCUCUCUUAUACCCCUACUGAUGAUCCUAGUUCCAGUGACUAACCUCCCCUGCAGGUUUAUUAGCGCAGGAAGAAGACUGGACAACUAGGUGGCGAGGUCAUUAACCCUGCAAAUUCACUCCUUCCACUGUCGUCUUCUGCUGGUGAAGCUCCUCUUCCUCCUCCGCCUGAUGACUUACCAAUUGCACAUUGUAAAGGUCAAUAAUAUCUCAGGGAAGUGUGCAAGAAUUUCUAGAAAUGAUUGGUUGGAAGUUUUAUCUGAAAUUAUUCAAAGUGCUGUCAGUGAUUGUGCCUGACAUGGCUUGAAGAUGAGUUUUACUUGGAAGGCAGGAAACCUGACGAGGUGUGUGGACUAGUUAAUGGAUUAGAUUAACACAAGUGUUCUGCAACAGGAUCUUCUUUCUGUAAUGUUUGAGAAGUUGAAAGAUGAUGGCAUUAUUUUACAGAACAGAAGGUGUUUUUUCAGGUCAAUAAUAUCUCAGGGAACUAUGUGGUUGUUGUAUUCUUUCUUAGAUUUGGUUCUCAUAGGUAAUUAAUUGGAGAUUUGCAUGUUUACCACUAGUUCCUUCACCCCAUCAUUUCUAUCAUUGUUUAUCAACUUAACUGUUUGAAACUUUCAUGUUUUUGUGUCUUCUUGGUCCACUAAAAGUCAAUAGAAACUUCAUCAUCGUGGU